AUGCCAAUGCCAAACGCACAACCGCAUCCGGUGAGCGCACUUUGCACGAUGGCGCAGCAGCAAAGAUGCAUCCGUGAUCCGUCGACGCUCAUCACCAUCACGGGCGUUCGCUGCGAACAGGGGAUUCCGACGAAAAAGAUCAGGGCGCCGCCCUGGCUCCCGGGACCCGGCCAGGUUCGGCAACAAGGCAAGGCUGCUGCUGCUGCUGCUGCUGCUGGCUGCGUUCUGCUGGUGUCUGCAGCAACAUGCGUCCCUCGCCCAGCCGUCACGGUGGAUUUGAUGAGACUCGAUUUCGUGCGUUUCGCGACGCGUGAUGGUGCCUUGGCUUUGGCAGGCCCGACAUCAGCGAUUGAUUUGAUUUGGACACCCCUCUGUGGGCUCUUCGUCAGCGCUGCUGGACUACCAGCCAACUUUUGCCGGCUCGCCGCCGCGGAUAGUGAGGUCAUCGGUAGGCGGGGCCCCGCCGUUGCCCAGACCCAGCACCAUGCCCAGGUGUUGACCGCGAUGGACACCGCCGUCGUCCACAGCCCUGCAUUGCUGGGGGGCUUCCAGGUGGAUUUUGAGCCCUUCAAGUGGCGGAAUCGCGCUGCUUAA